AUGGCGACUGUGGAGGUCGUGGCCGUGAGCCAGCAACAAUCGGCGCUGGCCGCCGUUGACGCUCAAAACGCGCCCGCGAAAUCAAAAAGUGGCAGGCCGCCGGCGUGGAAACGUCGCAGGGAGAAGAAAGCCGCCGCAUUGGUAGUGACACAGAAAGACACGACUAUCGUUCAAGUCACCGAACUCAAGAAGAAAGGGCCAAAGGAAAAGAAGCAAGAUGGGGCAGAACAGAAGCAGGAUGAGGCAGAGACAAAGCAGGAUGAGGCAGAAGUAGAGGCUACACAGGCGGCUGCCGAGCCUCCAAACGGCGUAAAGAUAACGAGUCCGCCCGAAGUCGCGCAAGUCACAAGGAUCACAAAAUCCAAAGCCGCCAGAAAGGUCCUUCCGCGGGACAAAGUCACCGUCCCCAGCGCCGAGUCCGGCGGAGUGCCCGAGCCCAGCAAUUCCUACCUCCGCCGCGCUGGCGGUCCCGUCUCCCGCCUCCUGCGCCCGCGCCGCAUCCUCGUCGUCAUGGACCUCAACGGCACGCUUCUGUACCGGCCCAACAAGGCGCGCGCGCCGUCGCGCUUCGUCGCGCGCCCGCACGCCCGCGUCUUCAUGGACUACCUGCUGCGCAACUUCGCCGUCGCCGUGUGGUCCUCCGCGCGGCCCGAGAACGUGAACUGCAUGGUCGCCAGCCUGCUAACCCCCGAGCAGCGCCGCGCCUGCGUCGUCGUCUGGGGCCGCGACCGCUUCGGGCUCUCCAGCGAGGACUACGACGCCCGCGUGCAGUGCUACAAGCGGCUCACGCGCGUCUGGGCGGACCCGAAAGUGGCCGCCGCCCACCCGGACGCCGGACGUCGCGGCGGCGCCGCGGGUCGCUGGGACCAGAGCAACACGGUGCUGGUCGACGACUCGACGGAAAAGGCCCGCAGCGAGCCGCACAACCUCCUGCGCAUCCCCGAGUACCUCGGCCCCGACGCCGAGAGCCCGUUCGUGCUGCCGCAGGUGCACGACUACAUCAACGAGCUCGCGUACCAGGCGAACAUUAGCCGCUACAUUCGGGAGAAGCCCUUCCAGCUCGAUUCAAACUACAGCCUGUCGUAA